ACCAUUGAUGGAUGAUUUCGCUGCCAAUGAAAAUAAUAUAAAAUUUAAUAAUAAUUGAUAAAUUUUCCCCAAAACGGUGUGUAUUAAUAAGUGUUUCAAAUUUUUACUGUUUGUAGUUGCCUACCAUGAGCUCUAUUGUGUGUUGUAUGUCGACGGUGAUUUGAGAAUAUUUGUUACGACAACGCGUUUUGCCAAAUCCGCCAAAAAUGACCACUUCACUUUUAGAGAACAAAAUUUUGAAUCUACAAGCUAAACUGAAGGCAGAUAAUGAUGCUACAGAAGAUAUGCCAUCACUUUCCAGUCCCAGACAGGGAUCGGGAAGACGACCUAAACAACUUGGUGAUAUGGGAACACCAACCAGGACUCGUAAGCAUAUCGAUUUACCAGUUAGUGUAUUGAUGCAGCCACGGGUUGAAGACACUUCUGAAGUUGAAGUAAAGAUGAAACAAAUCAUGAGAAUGAGUGGUCUGUUGACUAUUAAUGGGAUUAAAUACAAAACUGAAUUGAAGGAUUUAGAACAUCUCGGAGAAUUAGGAAGUGGUACUUGUGGUCAUGUUGUAAGAAUGUUGCACAAGCCCAGUAAUACUGAAAUAGCAGUUAAACAAAUGAGAAGGUCUGGAAACAGUGAAGAAAAUAAACGUAUCACUACUGAUCUUGAGGUGGUGCUUAAGUCUCAUGACUGUCCUUACAUUGUUAAAUGUUUGGGUGCAUUUAUUACUGAAUCAGAUGUAUGCAUAUGCAUGGAAUUGAUGGCUACAUGUUUUGAUCGUCUUCUAAGAAGACUUAAGACACCUAUCCCAGAAGAUGUACUGGGCAAAGUUGCUUUAAAUACUGUACAAGCUUUGAGUUAUUUAAAAGAAUCUCAUGAUGUUAUACAUAGAGAUGUUAAACCAUCAAAUAUUUUGUUAGAUGAAAGAGGAAAUGUAAAAUUAUGUGAUUUUGGUAUAUCAGGUAGAUUGGUAGAUUCUAAAGCUCGCACUAAAAAUGCUGGAUGUGCUGCUUACAUGGCUCCUGAAAGAAUUGAGCCUAGGCAACUUGACUAUGAUAUACGAUCUGAUAUUUGGAGUUUGGGUAUUACAUUAGUUGAAUUGGCUACCGGUGUAUUUCCAUAUCGUGACUGUAAAUGUGAUUUUGAAGUGUUGAGUCGGGUUUUAAAUGAUGACCCACCUUCACUUCCUCAUGAUCAAGAAUUCAGUUUAGAAUUUAGAAAUUUUGUAUCUAGCUGCUUGAUUAAAGAUUACAAAGUACGACCAAAAUACAAACAAUUAUUGGAACAUCCUUUUUUACAUAGGUAUAUGUUGAAAACUGUUAAUGUUGCUGAUUGGUAUGCUGAAGCCAUAAGUCAAAAUAAUUUAUUCAAAUCAGUGAAACCAGUUGUAGAAAACGUUCCUAUUAGUGUCCGUAAGAUGUCAGAUCAUGAAUUUCCAUCGUUGAGUAUAAAUGAUAAAAAUAAAAUGAAUGGAAAUUCAGUUCUUGAUUCACCAAAACCUGUUAAGCGUUUUCCAAGUACUGAAAUGCCUCCUUCAGUGUUGUUAUCACCAUAUAAACAAUUGACAAAUGGUGGAAAUGUAUCUGCUAAUACUAGUCCAUUAGUAUUACAGCGAUUCUAUCAUCAACAAAAUCAACAUCAUUCAAGGUCAUCUUCAGUGUCUCCUAGUCGGUUUGAACGUAAUAUACCUAGAGAAUUCAAUACCCCAGAUUCACCAAAACCUAGUCCAAGGAAAAGUCUGAUAUCUGCCUACCUCAAGUUUGCUCCAUGGAGCAAAACUCCUCCUAGUCCUCCACCACGAAAUCAAAAUACACCUAUAAUUGCAUCCCCUUUAGUUACAAGGCGUGAAGUGUGCCCUCCCUCUCCAUCUCCUGCCCGCAAAAAUUUUGACGGUUCUCCAGCUUUAUCUAGACGAUAUGUAUCACCAGUUCCACCAACUCCUCCUCCACGACGUUUGUCAGAGAGUGGAUCAUCGCCUCUACAUACAUUUUACCAACAACGAUUAUUUGGUCAACCAAAAUUGGAAGAAAAAGAUCGAAGGUAUACACCUCAACCACGUAGACGUGUUGUUUGCCAAUUUAAUGAUAUAUGACAACUACUGUGUGGACAGAGACGUAAAGAAUCUGUUCUUAAAAACAGUGAGUAAAUUACAUAGCUUCAAUUAGAGCAUUUUAACAUUAUUAAGUAAUUUUGGAUUUAAUUUAGCAAUUAAAAAAGACAAUUUAUUUAUAAAAUAAUAAUAUUAAUUUAUGAAAAGCAAUGUUAAACAUAUACAUAAAUAACUGUUUGUUAGAUCUAGUUACUAUUUAUGCCGCUAAAAGUUAUUUUAAAUUUUUUUCUGUUAUUUUUUUUUUAUCUAAUACACAGUACAUUAUUGUUUUAUAUUUUGAAAAGUUGUAAGAUUGUAUCUAACAAUGUUGAGAUUCAAUUAUAAUAUUUUAUGUCAGUGUUUAUCUAACAUGAACAUGAAACUUAACUGGUAACCAGUUCCUUAUUUGUCUAUUAACUGGUGAAUUUACUCACUGAAUCUUAUUAUUAAGAAUGUGAGUUGAAAUAUUUAUAUAUACAUUUUAUAUACAAUAUAAUAAAAAAAAAUAUUGUACAACACUUUGAUUCGAGCAAACCUUUAGUUAAAAAAUCAAAAUGUUGACUGCCUUUUAUUUAUUUAUUAUUAUUUUUAUUAUUAUUUUUUCGCUGCUUACAUUUGUGUAUUAAUUAUUUUUGUGUUCUGUUUUAAAUUGUUUGCUCAAUUUAUUUUUUUUUUUUUUGUGACUAGUCACGGUGUCACAACCGAAAUGUCUCGGGUUAUUAUUUUACCCAUAUGUCAUGUAUCUUACUGUGAUUUUUUGAACAUUUUCAUUUGCUUUAUUACAUACCAAGUUUUAUAGUUAAAUAAGCUUACAUACAAUACCUAUCGAUGUAAACUUAUACACAAUAUAUUAUAAGUAAUAUAUAAUUUUAUAAAGUGUAUAUAAAUAUUUAUAUUUAUAUACUGCAUUCU